CCCAUUCCUCCCUGUGCCGGCUAGGGAGACACGUACUUUCUGCUUUUCUGCCUGGCUGCUGGCGCUGCUCCAGCAUCCGUCUGUGCCUCUUGUGUGUUCUCCUCCCCCCUCCAGCCUAUGUCUCCCCCCUAUGGGGUUUGCCGGUCAGCCUGCUACCCUGGCUCUUGCUGCUGCUGCUGCUGCUGCUGCUGGAGCAGUGGAGCUGUUUGACACUACGCUGCUGCACCGCUACCGCUCUGCCUCGCUUCUCCUCUCUGCCUUUCGCCUCACACUCUGCUUUGCUGGAUAAUCACCACUGAGUCUGCCAGAGACAGCGACAGAGGACAGGAACGGAGGGAGGCAAAGAUAUCGAGAGCCUGCACUCUUCAAUCAACUGCUGCAUUCUUCAGUCUGUCUUUUUCCCUCUGCCUUCCUGGGCUGCUGGAGAGCAGUGCAGGGAACAACUGGACAGGAGAGAGCUCCCAGAAGGAAUCUAUCCUCCUCUCUUUUGCGCUUCCUCCCUCUGUUCAUUCCUGGGACAGAGUGAAGAGGAGGAGAGAAGAGGGAGGGACUGAGAUCAGGACUUGAGACUCUGCCUUCGGCUACACAGCUCAGUGUCCCACCUUGCUCCAGAGGCACAUAAGUCAAACACACACACAGUUGCUGGCAGACCUGAAGACAGAUUGACAGACACACAUUCUGUACACACAGAAGGACAGACAGGACCACAGACAGACAGACAGGUGGUGUCGGUGUCAUGGCGUCAGUGGACAGCACCGGUUCGAGUGUCUCUGGUCGGCUGAGAUCAGGGGAUCUACUUCAUGCUGGUCUGGCAGUUGCACUGCUGCUGGGUGUAUGGACUGUUGGUGGACUGGAGGUUUCGACAGGUAAAGUGUCUCAGAUUGAAGCAAUGAAUGGCUCCACAGUUCUGCUGCCCUGUACCUACUCCUCUUGUAUUGGCAUCAAAAACCUCUACUUCAACUGGCAGUAUAAUGACAAUGGAACCUUUCCAAAGUUAUGUGAAGGACAUAUUCCUAUGGAGGGUGUGGAGCCGGAUGUCAAGGUGUACCAUGAGCGAGUGGAGUUUGUCGGGUCCUCAAAGUCUAACAACAUUUCCAUCUUGCUGUGGAACAUCACGUUUGAAGAUGAAGGAGAGUACAUCUGUUUUGCCAGGAACCCGAAAGAGAAAAACCGCAACCACAGCGCUGUCUUCACUCUUAGAGUGGUGGACCAAAUGAAGGAGGUUGACAAUACUUUGACAGUUAUUAUUGUCUCAGUGCUGGGUGGAGUCAUUGGCUUAGUUAUCAUCGUCAUGGUGAUAAAGGCCUUGGUUGUUCACUUCCUGCUGAAGGAUGAUGAGAAGAAUAAAGAGUGCUUGGUGAGCUCCUCAGGGAAUGACAACACAGAAAAUGGACUUUCAGGAGCCAAAGCUGACAACAAAGGAACACCAAAGGCUUGAGCAAGAUGCAUAGUAUGUCUGUAUGUUUGUAUAUAUGUUAGACAAAUGUACACGCUCAGAGAAAAAAUUGUUAUCAGUGGACUGUUUUAUCUUACUAGUGGCUAACUAAUACAACUUGUAAAUGUCUAUUUUAAAUCAUGCUUGAGAUUUGGGAAGUGUGAAGUGUGCAUAGGCCUGGAUCACUCUCUCAUUUACAUGGCAGCCCAAUUGUUACACAGUGCACAGCCUGUUAUUGAAUUCAGCUCUACAUCUUACUGAACCUAACACUUUCUCUGAUAUACAGCCUCCAGUUUCACACACUUGAGGUUUCCACAACUUCCACUAUAACCUUUGUUUAACUGAAGGUAUGUCCUAAAAAAAUAUUAUUCAUGUUGUUUAUUUUUUCUAUGCAUGUUUUAACUAUUACGUGAAUUUAGAGGACGGACUUUGCACAAAGCUGAUCCUCCAGUGCAUUAAGAUAUUUUUUACAGAACAAAUUUAAGCUUUUAACUUCCACUUAAAAUAUACUUUACAGUCUCAGUUGACAAGCUACCAUAAGUUUGAUUCUUGGUUUAAAAUUCCCACGGUUCUCAUCUUCUCCAGAACUCUUCGUCAAACUUGGACCCAAACUAAGCUAACCACACUUUGAUACCACGAUGAAUUGCCAUAAUCUAUGAACUGCCAUGAUGUUCACUGAACAUCACCUAAAUGCUGACAUGCUUCUUUCUAACCGUCACAUGACACUGAUGUAAAUCCACCUGUGAACACAAGCCAGAGGACCAUUAACCAAGAUUGUUUUUUCAGAAGUGAAAGCCAAUAUUUUUCAGUCACUCUGAAGUAAAAUGAUCUGUAAAUAACACAGGUAAAUAUACACUUUUAAUGCUGCUUAUAAAAUGGCAUUUUAACGUUUAAGGAUCUGGUUCUAGAGUACUGAUUGAGGGUGAACUUACUCUUGUGUUGGCUUUCCAGGGGUCUUCAAUGCUAUUUUUUCCUGACCUUUUCGUCCUGAUCAACUGGCCUUAACUUCUACAAUGCCAGUCUGAAGUUUAAUGUUUACUGCUGGGUCCAGGUUAGACACACUGUUGGGGUGUUUGGUUCAUUAAUGCUGACAGGAGAUUCUGAUAGAGCGCAGGUUAACUAAGGCUGACAACUGGGCUUUCCAAAGGUGACUGAAGGAUCCAGUUCUGCACAGGUUUUAUUGUUUUGCUUUAGAUAAACACAGGUGCCUGUUCUGCUUCUGCUCCGUCUGCUGGUGGGAGGAUAAAAACACAGAAAAUGUAUAAAAACAAAACAAAACAAACAAAAAAAAAAACAAACAACCCUAACCCUCAUCAAAGACAAUCCCCAGCCUACUCAGCUCCCUAUAGAAAGGAAUGAACUUAAUCAUGCUGCUUCUGACUAAUAACCAAUGCAUUUUUAGCAUGUGCGCAUUUUGUAGAACUUCAUAUAAGUAUAUGUUGUACCACAGUACAGGAACAUUUCCUUGUGUGUCCGUCUGGUCCCAUUUAAUCCUCCAAAUCAGCCUGAAGUGUCUGAAGACCUGUCAACGCCCCUUCCAACACUGCUACAACCUUUUUUUAACCCCUUUAACCAGGUCAGGGAUGGAAACUUUUAGGUAUUGGCCUGCAGGUAUUACUGGUAAAGAUAGGGUGAGAGACAUUUUACACUUACUCCGAAUGUAAGAAUGCUUUAUUAACUCUAAGUUUGAGUCAUACAGUUGAACAACUUUGCGAAAGGAGCUUAAGAAGUUGGCACUUUUUUUCAUGGUGCACUAGAAUAUAUUGCAAGUGAAGACAGCAACAAAUGCACCUCUCCAGAUGCUUAUUUCCCGUUUCCACACUUGUAUGUGGAAUCAAACUGCAUUCCAAUGCAAACUUGAUGAUAACCUGAAGAAAACACCUUGACAAUACAAUACAUAUAUAUAUUUGUAAUUGUGCUAUAGGCCAAACAAGUCCAUUGAUAAAGCCUCAGUGGUGCAGGUAGCCCAGCAGUGGGACAGAUCACUGCAAAAGAAUGUAAAGACUGUCAGGGAAAACGUGUAAAAUAUUGUCCAAAAAGUACAUUUUAAUUCUUUACAAAGAAAUUAUAUCCAAUGUCAGUAUCAUUAUAAAGUGAAUGUGUGAAUAUCCCUAAAGAGCAGUUGUGCAGUUUUGUUGGCCCACUAUAAUAUUCUAUGUAAGUCUCUAGCUAUUGACUGUAUUUAAAACUUUGGCCAUUGAAGAUAAUAGGAAGAUUGAUUUGAGUUUUCAAGGAGAAGCAGUGUAUUAGCACUUAAAAUUAUAACAGGUAUGCAAGAGUUUGGUGGGCGCUGAUGAGAGCAAACUGACAAAUGAAAAAAUCCACACUUUCUGUACAUAUAUUAAAAUGCACAUGGAAGAACACAUCCAAUUUAAACAACAUUUAACAUUUUUUUUUGCUUAGCAGAAACAAAACAGGAAAAGUCAACAAAGUCUGGAUAAUAUCACGUCUCCACUUCACCCUGUGAUAAGUCAACAGGGAUGAGCUCAGUGCUAAAAUGGCCAAUGAAACCAAGAACACCCUCCUCAUGUGACUCUCCAUAAGAGAAGUCACUUUUGUGAAGCUGCCAGACAUGACCUGCUACACCCACAUACCUUAGUACACAGCGUGAAUAGCUACAACAGCUGAAAGCUACACGCAAACACACACGCAAACAUACACCUACAUGUAUACUCAGCUACAACGAGCCACUUUGAUACUAGAGGGUAGCACACUGGCCUUGCAUGCAAACAAUACAGCACUUUACUGGUGGUCAGAGUGACUUCAUGGAACAACAAAUAAUAGAAGUGACCUCACAGUCGUCAUUAUCUGAUAUUAUAUUACGAGAGUUUUAAAAAAGAACAUUUUAACAUUGUAAUUUUGACUGAUACCUGACAACAGCACUGUGUCGACAUGUUGUCUUACUGGAACAGAACUCUACGGUGAAAUUUUAUGUUCUUUUUCUAUUUGUUCACUUCUGUCAGCCUGCCGCUCUGUAAUAUUGGGGUGCAUUUGCUUUCUUGCUUUCAAUGGAAGCAAUAAGACAGACAUCAGAUUAUGCAAUAACCUGUUAUAAGGCACUUUAUAGAUGUGCCUGGACUGGCUGGUAACCGUCUGUCCAAGGCACAGAUCAUUGUACCAAUGGAUGUAUCUACACUACACAAAUGUAUCUUAGUUGGACUAAUGUAUUGAUAUUAGGAUCAUAUAUCUACAUUAGACAGUUUUUCCUGCAUUGGAUCAAUCUACAUUAGAUCCAUUAUACAACAUCUUUGACAUCAUGGCCCAUUUGAACCUAUUAUGUGAAACUUCUGGAUCUAGACUGAAUUCCGAUAGUACUCAUUUAACCAUAUGGCUUCAAUAUUUAGUGAUGCAUGGUGGCUCUCUGUAUCAAGUUAGAAAAAAAAUCUUACAAGAUAAUAUAUGUGCUGCAGGAAGACAAAAUGCUGCGAAGAUAACCCACACAAAUAUUGAAAUGCACAGCUUUUCUGUGGUUGCAGUGCACUGUAUUUUUAAAACAUUGUACAUUGGAUUGAUGAUAUUAUCUUGUGUUUUGGCUAUUUGAAUGGGUUUCCUAAAAUAGAGCAUGUUUUUGCUCUCAGCGCUACCACACUAAUCGGUUCCAAAAAGCCUGAUUGAAGUCUGAUUGCUAUUUGGCACCUAUAAAACACCAUGCAGGACACAAUAAUGUUCUGUGUUUCUCCUUUCAUGAAUGCAUUGCAUUUUUUCUGAGUUAAUCUUUACAGCAACUCUUGUCGCAACCAUUGAAAACAUUAUUACUUCACUAUCAUAUGUGCACUCGACACUUGUGAUUGCCAUUUCAGUGAUGUUAUGCACUGAGACAACCUCUGUUUGUCAUGAAUGUCUUUGGAAGAUCGAUGCAUUCACUUGAACACCGUCUGCAUAAAUGUGUCUCAGAUAGCUUUCUGAAUUCUUUCAGGCAAUCAGAUUUUAUUCAAUGAACAGAUACAACGCAGUAGCAUUCAUGAAACAACACAAUGUAAAUCUGGUUAUACAUUGGUUUGAAAUGUCACUCGCUGGGCAAUUUAGGUGCUUACUAAGUCUCAAAUGGCAUUUUAUUGCUGGGUGUAAAUGGGAUUAGGAAUGGUCUGUGUUCAUAGAACUUAGAUAGCGAUAAAUAUGUGAUGUACUACUGUGAGUACUGUAACAGCUACUAACACUGUAACUGUAAGUGUGCAGUGUUAGAAGUGAUACAGUAUCUUUGUUAUGCUGUAAAAAUGUGAAUGUUAUGGAUAUAGGGAAGCACUACAAGCACACAUGCACACACACACACACACCACACACACACACACCCGCAUGCACACACACACGUCUAACCAGUCAUCUGCAGAUCCCUCUGUAAAGAGGGGAUAUACAUCCAAAGUCUUCCUGUAGGAAAAAGCAACAUUGUGGAGUUGAUCUGUCUGUUAGUGUACUUUCCUUCCCCCCAUACCUUUAAACCUCGACAUAGCAUUACAACAACACAGUAGAUGGUUUCAUGUAGGGAUUGUGAUGCAUAACUCCAGACUAUAGAUUUGUGGCCACAGCUCCCAUUGUUUGAUCCACAUUUUUUUUCUGUCAUCCCUAAUUUUAUUUUUAUGUUUUCUGAAGUGAAGCCCAUUAACCUUGCCAGAAAAAGUGUUUCUUCUCUCUGCCAGUACAAAAUUAUAAAAUGAAAAACCUCAAUAUAAAAAAUCUGCCCAGCAAACCAGACAUAUGAAAACGAAGAGGGCGUAGGAGUGAUGCUCUGUUUUAAUAACAACCAGGUUUAUGUGUGACAGAUGAACUAUUGCUGCCUGAUUUAAUGCAUUAAUUCAGAUCUAGUUGCGGUACAGUUGCCUUCAUAGUUCUAGUAGCUUUUAAAAAUCUGAUUUUUGCUUUCUUCUUGGUAUUCUGAUCUGUCUUGUUGUCCUCCAAGAAACACCAGUCCUGAACCUCACAUAAGUCUUGAGGCCAGCCAGCUGCUUGCAGUGAUUGCUGCAGUACAGAGUGUGUGCUGUAGAGUGUAGAAAACUACUUUGCAGUGGUGCAAUACAGUACAAUAAAUGUCUGCCACCCAGUGGUAAAUAUCUAACACAUCAGAUAAAUUCCCCUCUCGUGCAACAUGCAUUCACUGCAUUUUGAUUGGGACUAUAAGGACAGCAUAGUUUUAAAAAAGAGCUGUCAUUUAACGCAAGCUGAAUUAUAAUUUCAUGCAGCUGUGAUACAAUAAAUGCCACAGUUUUCAUGGUUAAAACAAUAUAUUACUAAACUAAAGUACAGUGCUGCAGUUGUUGCUACUGCUUUAUAUAAUGCUAAUAGAUAGUUUGUUUAAAAAAAAAAAAAAAAGAAUCCCUGUGCCGAAUUAACGGGAUAUUUACAUUCAAUCAGAGGAGAUAUGUAGGUUUACACAAAAUCUAUAAGGACAAGAAUCCAUGAAACAAUUUGUACAAAUGUUGAUCCUUUAUCAGAGUUUGCCAGCUGAUAGUAAGAUUUAAACACUUACAGAUAGUGUUUAGCAUUACGUCAAGAUUACUCACUACAAUAGCAAAGUGUUCUGAUUGACCAAUAUGAUUCCUUAGAGUUAGUAUUGCUCUUACUGCCAGAGCGGCUGAAACUCAUACUGCCAAUCCAAGAGUCUCAUGUCUGCUGUUGUUACAACACUAUUACAAUGACACACAACUCACACUUACAUGUUGUAUUACUGUCUAUAGCUGUAUUAAUGGCAUUUCAGUACUCAACUGUAUAUGAUAGAGCUCUGUACUACAUCUGUAUUUCUAGCAGCAGAAACUCACACUGCCAAGCCAAGAGUCUGACGUCUGCUCUCUUCCUCCCACAUUCCACACCAGAGCUGCAACGAUUAGUCAAUUACUCAAUUAGUCAAUUAAAGGAAAACGAAUUGUACACGUUUUAAAUAAAAGUUUAACUGUUUGAGUUUUUGAGCAAAAUGCCAAAAGUUUGAUGGUUCUGUGUUUUCAAAUGUGACAAUUUGCCACUUCUUUCCUAGUUUACACAACAGUAAAAGUACAAGAAAAUUAAUAAUGUCAAAUUGUGCUUCAAGGAAUUGUGAUGGGCUUUUAUUUUAUUUAUUUAUUUUUUUACUAUUUUCUGACAUUUUAUAGACCAAACCAUCAUUGGAGAAACUUAAAUAAAACGGAUUAAUAAAAUGAUGGUUAGUUGCAGUUCUAUUCCAUGCAAAUUUAAAGUUCAAACCACUGAACUUCAGUGAAGUGAGAAGUUAACUUCACAGCAAUCCUGACUUGAGGAGAUGAGAAAUGAAAUAAGUUGAAACAGGAGAAAUGUGUCCUUAUUUUGGCACAAACACGUUUCCAUUAUACGAAUUUUUAAUCAGUUAACUAUAUUCAAAUUAUCGAUAGUGAUUCCAACCUAUGAUGCAUGUUGUGAUGUAUUACGUGUCAAUAUUAUCUAGCAAACUGCUUCCUAUAACCCUUGAAAGAGAUUAUCUUAUAGACCAAGGCUAGCUAGCUACAGAUUUGAAUUAUAAGCACAGCCUGACACUGACCUCUCCACCAUUUCUCACUACAGUCCUGCAUUUUAAACUUUAUUUUUUACUCAGUAUUUUUACACACCCAGGGGCUGUAAAACAUAAUUGUAUUUUAAUCAAAGCAACUAACUCAUAUCUACACAUUUUAUCUUAACCGAUCUAAGGACACUGAUGUUAUACAAAUUAUAGGAUUUUAUAGUAAGUUGACAUCUUGCAGCAGAUUUCUAUAUUUUGCUUACAUCACCACAAUGUACUCGACACGCACACAUGCAAAACCGUUCUGCAACCCCAGUUUUCCUGGAUCAACUUUCCUGUGAAUGUUUCAGCUGUUUGUCUUGUGUUUGUGACCAUGUUGCUCAUGCUCCCUUCAUGACUAUGCACCACAAACUUUUGACUUGUUAAAAACUACAUACUGAAAAUAAAAUGUUGAUUGAAUUUCCCA